CGACUCUCGUCUUAGUGUGUUACCCACGCGGCUGCGCGUCUUGCUGCCACACUGUCCGUGAUACCAAUCCCGUCAGUCCGGGUCGUGCAAACGACGCCACCAUGCCACCCUCUCAGCGAUCCGUGGCCACGGCGGACAUGCCCUUCAUCGUCUCCACCAACACUAAGAAAGUCGACCCCCAUACCCGCAAACUCAUCCGCAGCCAUGUCAUGAUUGGCAAGAACCGCGGCAAAUCCCGUUAUCGCCAAGCAGAGGACCGGUCCAAGCCCGAUGACUCGAGCACAGACGACGCAGUGGCUUCACCUCCACUGCCCCCACGGGCCACGCGAGCAGCGCCAGAUCUUCCCCGCAGGAUCGGGAACGACCUGUCCUGGAUUCAGCUGGCCGAUGACUCGGCCAGUCCGGCCGCACUAGCCACUAUUCUGCGCUUCACCGAAAGCGCAAAGGCGGAGUUCUACCCCUUGGCCGUCUGCAUCGUGUUCAAUCAGGCCAGUCGCGCGUGGAUGUUUGAGAUGCUCGCCCUGGAUGCUGCCUACCUCAACGCCAUGGUCUUCACCACCCAGUCCUACUUUCGACCCGGCGAGUGCUCCGACCUGUCUCUCUCCCCUCACUUCGUCAAGACUAUCCGCCUCCUGCGGGACAGGCUCGCGGAUGAGCAGCUCAAGAUAUCCAAUGCGACCGUUAUGAUCGUCAUCCUUCUGAUCCUGCAUGCGCAUAUCAUGGGGGACUAUGAUGCCGUCCGCCAUCACACCGAGGGUCUACGCAAGAUGGUCCGUCUCCGCGGCGGGCUAGGGUCAUUCAUAUCGAAUAAUAAAUUGGUCAUCGAUCUCAUCCGAUGCGAUGUGGGCCUGGCUAUCCACAGUGGAGGCAAGCCCGCUUUUUUCGAGAACCGAGACCUCGACCUCUUCGUGCCAUCCGCGCUCUGCUUCCAGCCCCGUCGCAGCGCGACUCCUGCCUUCGUGCGGGAACUCGACCCUGGCCUCGCGAGGAUCUGGCACAUCAUGCAAGGGUUCUGCGCCCAGAUCAACCUCACCGUCGAGUCCAACGGCAUGAUCCCUGAAAAGGACUUCCUCAAAACCAUGGCCUCCGUCAUGUAUCCCCUGCUACAUAUGGGCUUUGACUGCCGGGCCCGCAACGAAGCCAUCCGUCUGGCGUUGUUAAGCUAUGGAUUCGAUAUCUUCCUCCAGUGGCGCGCCACCAUUCCCUACACACAUCUGGCGUCCUCGUACCGGCGAUGUCUUAAUGGCCUGGUUAUGAGAGACGAUGUCUCCCCCGAACUAUGGAUCUGGCUAUUGACCGUUGGCGGACUCUCGGUCUUUGAGCCCUCCGCGAGGAGCUAUUUCCGACAGUGGCUGCUGUAUCACCUUGGGGGCUGUUGCGUGCGUUCGUGGCCGGAGAUGCGAGCGAUUUUGUCAUCGUUCAUGUGGAUUGGACUGGUGCAUGACAGAGCUGGCAAGGAAAUCUUCGACUCAGUAUUGACGCGUAUGAUUUCGGAGAAGGAGACUGCCCCGGCGCUGUUAUGAG